AUGGUGUCCCGCAGAAGCUUGGUUCAGAGGGACGGCUUGAUCCUGGGUGCAGUGCAACUGCUGGCCUGGCGACGUUGGGACGCCAUGUUUUUCAUGCCAGGCUCGAUCGAAGACGCCGAAACCAAGCAUGCUUACAAGGGCAGGGGUGCCUGUCUUCCGUUUCCGGAGGCCAAGAAGGCCUGGGAAGAGUUUUGGUUCAAGAUCAAGGAGCUGUCAAACGUGACAGUUCUGAUCCGCAAUGAGGUCUACCGAUCGCUGGCAGAUGGCUCGAAUGUCAUGCCAGACAGCUGUUUGCAAGAGGAGCCUGAGAUGUUCGGGGCCCGUGGUCAGGUCGUCGAAGGCACGCCUGGCCCACAGCCGACCGAUCUCGACGUCCCACACGCUGGAUGGCCGGUAGACUCUGAUGAAGUUUCGGGCAUCUCGUCGUUGUCUACAGGACAAUGGGACGCGGUGCGAAGACAGGAGCUGCUUGCGCAGGGAAUGACGCCAGCGCAGGUAGAUGCUCUGAUUGUCCGACAACAUCGGCAGGAAAUGAUGGCCGAGGUGUGCCGGCAUUGGCUGCUGAUGUUUGGCAUCAGCAGCUUCGUUUUAGGGAUGUUGACGGUGGUCAUGUUAGUUUGGCUGUGUUUCGUUUGGGCCAAGGCCUAUGUGAAGGGCUUCCACAGCUGUGACUCGCUGCUGACACUCUGGGCUUUCGUUUUGUACAGCAUGAUGAUCCUGAAUUUUGCCAAGUCCACAGCCUGUGGCCACAGGGUCAUGCGCGCCCUGUUGCGGGUGAAGCUGUUCAACCUGAUGUUGCCGCUCUUCAUGUUCACCUGGAAUGCCAUCGGUAUCCACUGGGCCAGGACGAUCGCACUUGAUGGGUCGUGCCUCUGGUCCUUUGAAAUUUUGACCUGCUACUUGACCAACAGCCUCAUCGAAAGUGAGUUCUCCGUCUUGCCCUCACGGUCCCCGCGCGCCCUCCGCGGCACCCUCCGCGGCGCCCUCCGCGCGCCCUCCGCGGCGCCCUCCGCCGCCCUCCCUCGCCCCUCCGCGCCCUCCGCCGCGCCCUCCGCCGCGCCCUCCUCGGCCGUGUUCCCUCCGCCGCGCCCUCCGCGCCCUCCGUCAUCCGCGGUCCAUGGUGUCAUUGAUGCAAUCCUGGCUUUCGCAACCGUCAAUAUUGCAUUGACGGUGUUCAUGUUCCUCAACAUUGUUGGGCUAGCCUACUUCUUCCGGAUGCUUCUGCGAAUGGGCGUUGUCCAGUCAAGCAAGGCAGCACCUGAAGGGUCGCUGGAAGCAAGCACCGAGAAGGUCACUGCCGAAGCUGCCAAACUGGCGGACUCGCCUCAGUGUCCAAUCUGCCUGGAGGACCUUAAGCCGGAUGAGUCUUUCAUGUGCUUCAGGACUUUGAAGUGCAACCACUACUUCCACAAAGCCUGCCUCAAGGACUGGUUGCAAGUCAAUCGGGACUGCCCGCUGUGCCGACAAGACUUGGCGAAGCCAAGCUUGGAGGCCAGAUGGCCCCUCGAUGGGCCUGGUUUAGGGUUUAGGGUUUAG